GGUCGAGUUAAUGAAAAAUAGUUAUUUUCAAAAUAUUCAAUUUCUUUUACAAUGUCCGUAGACCUUUCGGUUCCAUUAAACGCUUUCUGUUAUUAUAAUGCAAGUGGGCUGUUUUCGGGUGUUCGUCGACGGAAAACUAUGGGACUGCCUGUUGAUUUUGAAACACAACCGAGAAUAUGUGCUUUACACGACUAUUGAUCAAUGGCCGUUCCGAGUGUCGGCUGAACUGCACGCCCUCCAACAAAACGACACUUGUGACCCCGAACCCGUGUUUAUGGAUGCCAAUUGCUUGGAAUGUGUCAUCAAAACGUUGGAAAACAGUGAUGCGUUCAAACGAUCGGUUAUUAAAAAAAUGAACGUCGUCACAGCAGUGGAUAAUAACAAUAUUAUAGUCGGUGUGAGGGAUGUCCAUCUUAUGACGCCAAUAAAAUAUAAACUUGCUUACAAAUGGUAACUGUCUUUAAUUUUUUUUUUUUUUCCUUGGUUCUCGGUCGUUGAGACCAUGCCGUUAAACAGAUUCCUCUACAUCCAUCCGUAUCCUCUGCGGUUAUCUUCCAUGACAUAUCCGGUCUUAUUCUUCCCACAAUCAUCGUAACGGAUUCUCGGUCUUCCUAAAGGUCUUUUGUCAGUUGGGAUCUCCUCAAUGAUUGUUCUGAUUAUGGAACCUAUGUUCCGCCACCCAUGCCCUGGACACAUCAACCUCCUACUCCUGAUCUCCAAUGUACGGUCUCUAAAAUAAUUCUUUAAGUUCACAAUUGUGGCGUUUUCGCCAUUCUUCUGUGCGAUUAGCGAAGCAAGGACCAUAGAUUUUUCUUAAGACUUCUUACAAACACUUUUAGUCCCGUCUCCUCGGUUUUCUUAAGUGGCUCUAUCUUUGAAGCAUAUAGCACCAUGGAUUGUAUUAAAGUCAUAUAUAUCUGUAAUUUUAAGUUAACCGACAGGGAUCUUAAACACUGAACUUUUCUAAGAACGAAAAAAAACACUUGUUGUCCAUUUGUAGUCUAGUGCUGAUUACCAUUUUUAAGUCGUUGUCCUAUGUUGGUAAAUCCCCAAAGUAUUUGAAAUGAGUUAGUCUCUUAAAUACAUGUCCUACAUUCUUACAGUACCCUUAUUAAAAUAAAGAUUUGGUUCGUUGUUGGACAUAUUAUUACUGCAACAUUUCACCUUUGUGUAAGUUCUUUUUUUUCCCAGAUAUGAACUAUUAAUUUGUGGAUAUUCGCUACUGUAUCCUCGUUUAACUCUUCGUAAUUUCACUUUGUAUUCCGCUGUCUCCUAGUGAUAUGAGGUUCUUCAGUUGUAUUAUUUUUAACUAUAUUUAAUACUUAUUAAUAAACAAAAUGUAUUUAAUUUUUUACUUAAAUUUAUUUCUAAUAAGUCCUUAUUGUACCUAUGUGUGAUAGUAUAAAAACUAGUUAAUUGAAAAACUGUAGGUCCUUUCAAAUAAAGAACAGUUGAAAUUUUAUAUUUUAAUCUAUCAUUGUUUUUAUUUAAUUUUGCUUAGGUGUGAACUAUAUCAAACAACUGAUAUUGAAUUCAGAGAGCUAGAAAAUAUAAUGGCAUGGUUAUCAACUCUUGGAGGCGCUUUCUCGUCAUUGGGUGAUCAAACAAAGCAUUGUGUAAAUACAACAAUAUUGUUUCAAUACAUUUUAAUUUUAAAUUGUUUAUAUAUAUAUAUAUAUAUAUAUAUAUGCAUACAUACAUAGGUAUAAAUAUAUGUAGAAACAUCUACUAUUCCUUAUAAUUAAAAAAAGAAAAUACUUUAAGUUAAGUUAAAAUAUUUGUACUUAUCAUUUAGUGUUAUUCUGUACUGAAUCGGAAUCAAUUCUAGUUUGACAACUUAUCAAUUUUAUUAUUUUUUUAAGUAUGUUUUUAUGUGCAAGAUUUUUGGGGGUAAAACUACUAUCUAUUUUUGCUUUUCAAACUAGAAAAUAUCCAUAAACAGAUAGAGUAUUAGUUAAAAAUAAAUUUGGGUGUUAAAAUUUUUGAUUUCUGUCAAUCCGUUGACAAGAUAUUCCAAUUUUAAGUUUGGAUUGGAAAAAAGUAGUGAAGUAUCAUUUGUAUGGCGGCAUUGUGUGCAGUGUGUUAAUAAUGUACUACUACUCUCUUCCAACACAAACUUAAAGGUGAAAUAUCUCGUCAACGAUUUGACAGAAAACAAAAGUGUAUUUUAACAAAUACUCCAUAUAUGUAUGGAUUUUUUAAUAUAGGUUGCCGUUUGAAAAUCAAAAGUAGGUAGUGGUUUUACCCCCCAAAAUAAGGGUAAUAAAAAAAUAACAUGAAUAUAAUGAUAUGAAUAUGAAAUACAUGAAUUGUAGAGCUGCUUUUAACAUUUAAGAAACACUUAAAUGUUCUAGAAAACAAAUUCAGAAAAAAUUGAAUACUUACAGAGAUAAUAAGCGUACUCACUUAAAUGGAUCAUAUCACCUAGUAUAAAUAAAGGAAGUGAAUUUACCUAAAAUAUUAGCUUAUUUUCUAACAAUCGCUAAUAAUGAAUGAUCCGGACUUCACCAAAUACUUGGUCAAAUGUACACAAAAUUUAAAUAUAUGUAUGAUGAGGAUGGUUAGUUUGAUUUUAUUACUAGAUUAAGUAUUAAAAACCAAAAAAAUGUAAAAAUAUUAAAUUCUAAGCAUUUAUCUAAAAUGAAAAACUGAACUUUUUUAAAUUUUCCCCAAUGACUCUCAAACGAAGUUUAUCGGAUUUCUUUUUUUAGACUUUAACUGUACAUGCAAACUCACAUUUUUAAAAAAAAAUCCUUUGGUUACUAAACUUCAUUUAUUUUGCUCGAAACCAAAGUAUUUGAUUUGUUUAUUUCUAGGCAAUUGUUGCAGGCAAAAUUUCAUUACAACAGUUGAAAAUAGCUAUGCGAAUUGGUGAUCCAUUGACUGCAUCUCGAUGUAAACUAUAUGCCGCUAUCAGUCUCAUGCAACGGGGUUUUUACAAGCAGGCUAAAGUUAUUGUUCAAAGUCAGUACAUGUUCAUCAAAUCUCAAUUAAUUAUCGAUGAACGACUAAUCAGAAUGUGUUUUGGUAUAUGGACAAAAUUACGAUAUGAAAAAAAUCUGAAAAGAAGUCUCUACAGCUCUUCUGUAAAAAAGCAAUAAAAUUAAUAAUAAAUAAUAAAAUUAAUAAUUUGUAUUUUCAACCUUGUUUUGUAUAUACGUACAUAAUACACAAAUAUGACAAUGAAAACAAUCUCCAAAUAGUGCCUUCCCUUUUUUUAUACUAUGUGAUU